UUCUCUCUUAAAUCGAUUGAUUUUACACCACCCUCUAUUAGAUUCUUUCAAUUCUAAAUAUUCUUAAUUCAAUUUGGACCUUUGAAUUAUUAAUUUCUCAAUCUACUUUUGUCUCAACCAAAAAUCUGUCUGCGAAACCGAAGAUCUGAAAGCAACAUUUGUUGAUGACGCCUUCAAAACUUACAUAUAUGACAACAAAUCCCAGCCAUACAGGCCAACGACCCCGAUCCCGAAACACAUAACACUUCUCGAUACUCACUCACACGCAAAGAGGAAGAAGAAGAAAAAUGGGCGUUGUGAAGUCAGCGAUUGGGGAUAUGCUGAUGACCUUCUCCUGGGUCGUCCUCUCCGCGACCUUCGGUUUACAAACGACGGAAAUCAUCUCCGCCGCCGGUUUUCAGGGAAUCGCUUGGGCUCCGUUGGCCAUCACCACGUUUCUGAUUUUCGUCUACGUUUCCAUUUUCACCGUUGUCUUCGGUAGCGCUAGCUUUAAUCCUACCGGAAACGCCGCCUUUUAUGCCGCCGGUGUCCCCGGAGACACCCUUUUCACCUUGGCGAUCAGGUUACCUGCUCAGGCAGCUGGUGCGGCAGGAGGUGCACUAGCCAUCAUGGAGUUCAUACCAGAGAAGUACAAGCAUAUGAUAUCAGGACCUUCCCUUCAGGUUGAUGUGCACACCGGAGCUAUUGCAGAAACCAUCUUAAGUUUCGGUAUUACCUUUGCGGCUUUGCUUAUUAUCAUCAGGGGUCCACGGAGAUUACUCGCCAAGACCUUCUUGCUCGCUCUCGCCACCAUUUGCUUCGUUGUUGCUGGCUCUAAAUACACCGGACCAGCCAUGAAUCCCGCCAUUGCGUUUGGGUGGGCAUAUAUGUACAGCUCUCACAACACAUGGGACCAUUUCUACGUGUACUGGAUCAGUUCUUUCGUUGGAGCUUUAUCUGCUGCGUUGGUCUUCCGUACUAUCUUCCCACCACAUAAACCCCAGCAGAAGAAACAGAAGAAAGCCUGAGGGGAUAAACCAAUCGAGACUACACCGGUUCAAUACUUUACCGGUUUUGGGAUGUAGAAAGAUUCAGAAGGUUUCUUCUCCAUUCCAAAAUAAGGAGAAACCUUAUCAUUGUUUAGAUUCAAGCUUUAUAUUAUGAAUUGGUGCGGAUGUCGACUAUUAUCCGGUUUGUGCAUAUAUCA